AUGUCUUUCGAAGUGACACGACGAGCUGCUGGAUGGAAAUAUGAGUUGCCCGGUAGUCGAACCCCGUCCAGAGGUGAGUCGAAUCUCCUCAUUCGUCACUGUGAUCAGGGACUCCCGUUUCUCGAUCCACCAACCAUACGAAAAUAUAUAGCAAAAAUUAAAGCCUUUUCGGCUUCUGAGUUGACAAGUUUGCUGAAUGUUUUGCCGUCAAUCGAAACACUCGUUGUCUCUGUUCCAUGGACACUUCCUGUCAUCGAAGCGCUUUAUGUUCGGUGUGAACAGCUGCACUUCUUCAACUCGGGCUCAUUGAUGCCGUGUCUAUUAAAAGCUGAAGAGCUCUUUUGUCGAGUCGUUUGGUGGAUUGCCUAUCGUGAACAAGGAGAGAAAAGCGGGAAAGCGCACGCGAGGACCUUGCCGAGUGUAGAGUCUCUGGAGAAGUCAUUGAGUUCAAUUCUUGGCGUGAUCAGUCGCCAAUUCCCCAUUCUGCUCACCCGAGCCUCGGCCGAUAAGCGUCAAUUGGAGAUCUGUUUGGAGAGUCUCGGAUGUCAUGGAUUAGUCAAUUCGUCGCAGGGAUUAAUACGAAUCCAAGAUGCGAUGAAAAUCGAAAUUGCAAAACACGACGAGAAGCUGAAAAAAUGUGUUCAAAUAUUGAAAGAAACAACAGAAAAAUCGGAAAAUUCAAUCGAUCCCUCAUCAGCCUCACACCAACGCCAGAUCGGUCUCCGCUUGUCCGAGAUCUUCGAUCGAUUGAAACACAACGAGCAAAUGGAGAAAUUGUUGACGGAUACCACGUCGAAUCAACACCUUUGUUCCUUGUUGAGAAUCGCACGAAAACGAGUGGCCUCGGAUCGUUUAUUGGUCGGCCUCUUCAACGCGUUUCAUCGUGCGAUUCCAAGUGAUUUCAAAAUUGAACAUUUGGACCCGGUUAUUGCUGAGUUGAUCGUCGUUUUCAAUAACACUUAUGAAAAGGUAUUUCAACUCGCAAACUAUCAAGAUUUCGAUAGUGGUUGCUCGAAUGAAAGUGGAAGUGAACCGGGCACAACAUCAACACCAUCGAAACAUCAUCAUGAAUCUUCAUCCCUGGGCACUCUGGGUCUUCGAAGUAUCACGAUCAACACCCCAGAAAUCAACGCUGAUGAGCAAGAAGCCGAGAAUGAAGAUAAAAGAGAGAUGCGACGAGCCAAUCAGAACUACCCGAAUCCAUCAGAACAUAAGAAACAUCAGAACCCGAACAUCAGAUACAAUUUGGGAAAGCAAUCCGAUCAACACAAUGAUGACACUUUGCGACUUCGAUUACAUAUUGAACAUUUGAAAAAUGAGCUUGCAAAUGCGAGAAAUCAAGUUGAACAUUUGAUGAGAACGAAGAGCGAUCGACCAGUCGAGAGGCUAUGGCCUGAACCGGAUUACCCAGAAGCAACCAGCUAUUACAAUUGCUCAUCACAAGAAGAUGUACGCGGGUUGACGAGGAGAUUCUCGAAUCUGUUCGACAAAGAUCGUGAUGAAUUGAUGGCCACUCUCGACAAACUCCCCGAGUUUCGAGGUUCCGAUGAGUUGCAACUAAAAACGAUUCUCUCUGUUGCUGUGUUAACAUAUCGUUCUGUGUUGGAUUCAGUGCAGAAAAGACUCGCAAAAAUUUUCGAGAUUAUAGAAGAAGGUGAAACGAAAAACGAGAAUGAGGAGGCGAACAUGUUGGAAGUGGCUCUGUAUAGACACAUGUAUAGAAGAGCAAAGAGUCAACAUGGGAUGAGCAAUGCUAAGGAAGUGACCACCCAAAUUUGGAACACUUUAUAUGAUUUUCCGUCACUAAAAACGUGCACUAGGUUCAACAGAUUCAUUUUGGAAUGUGUUGAUGUGUGUUGGGAUCUUGUGGCUGGUAUUGAUGGGCGAUAUCCAAGAUUACGAAUCGAUUUCGAGGCGCCAAGCCACUUCGACUCAGAGAAACACACGAGAUUUGAGGGAUCAGAGCCGUUAAAGACUCAAAUUCGUUCAGUUUUAUGGCCAGGUCUUUUCGAUCAAAAUACCCAUCAAAUACUAUUGAAAAUGGUUGUUUUAACG